UGUCUGCCUUAGUUCAUGUACGUGCCGUGCCUACGGCUACCCAAGCUACUUCCCUGCAGCAAGGACUCCAGGUUUCCUAUGCAAGACCCCAGGCUCAGCAGCAGUCGGCUUGCCCCCUUUGUGCCGUGUGUGAUCAAGGCCUCCUGGAGUACCAGCAGACAUUCGAGUCGAUAUACGGAGUAACCCCAGCAGCAUCUUCUCGUACCUGCCCAUACGACAUGGGGCAAAAGAGUUCGAACCCAGGCGCGCAAGGCAAUGAAAUUGCUCAAUCAUCAGGAUCAAGGCCAGCAACGUGUCCGAUGCCUAAAAUCCGCUGUCCAGAUGGGAUGCCACGCAUCCGGAAGUACAGCAGGAAUGGCACCGGCACCACCAACAAGUGGCCGUGCAGCACAAUCAAGUUCGGCACGUCGUCGUGUCCAUGCCUGUCUUUCUCCUGCGGACAACAUACGUAUCUGGGUGUGCAUGCGAGCGUCCGCCAGUCAGAUGGCCCUUGCCGCGCCCUCCGUUGGGCAUCCCACACCCCCUCGCCGCCACGAGUAUGGAUUCCUACCAGCCGGGAACCUCGACCGCAAAAAGCCCAAAGGCUGAGCAGGGAACAUGGGUUCUUGAGGAUGGGAUGGGGCCAUCGUCACUGUUCCGAGUUCUCUGCUUUGUCGGCACAACUCUCAUUCAUCCCCGCUGUCUUCUAGCCAUGAAAUCCGUGUCGGAAAAUAGCAUACCUACCUAGUGCACACAGCAAUGCCUACCGCUGCUAGGGUCAGGUCCGAGGGGUUUUUUAUCGGCCCCCAUCUGACGCGCCUCUUAUCCUCCCCCCCUGUGAUCGUUUUUGGAGUGGUUGGAUC